AUGAGUCAACUUGCGAUUUGGCACUUGCACUGCACGAUCCGCCGCCACGAUCGCCGCCACGAUCGCCAUCCGCCCGCUUGCACGAUCCGCCUGUUUGCACGAUCCGCCUCCUCGCACGAUCCGCCUCCUCGCACGAUCCGCCUCCAUGAUCACCUCCACGAUCGCCUCCUCGCACGAUCCAUUCGCUUACACGAUCCGCCUCCUCGCACGAUCCGCCCGCUUGCACGAUCCGCCUGCCUGAAAGAUUCCACCUGCUCGCACGAUCCGCCUCCGGAUCGUCUCCACGAUCGCCUCUUCGCACGAUCCAUCCGCUUGCACGAUUCGUCCGCUUGCACGAUCCGCCCGUUUGCACGAUCCGCCUCCGAUCGCCUCCUCGCACGAUCCAUCCGCUUCCACGAUUCGCCCGCUUGCACGAUUCGCCUGCCUGCACGAUCCGCCUGCUCGCACGAUCCUUGCGCACUUGGCGCCUUUUGGUCACCGUCAUCAUUACUACCUAUCAUAUUUUGGGGGCAUCCCAGAGAGACGUUCAUCUUGGGAUGCCCUUACUAA